ACCCAGCACUAGGCCCUGGAAUUGACUUUAGUCGCAACCCAUAUCCAGAGUCGCGCGCGUGUGCUCAGCAACCCGUGUAUAUCUGUAUCAUCUUAUCUACUACUUAAUUUGGAAAGCCCCGGUGCCCACGCCUCCUUCGCUAUUCUUAAUACCGGCGAGUCUCGAACAUCGACCUCCACCUGCGAGCAUCUCGCGAUCGUCCCUGGACAGGACUGUGAUCGACUGCGCACGCCCGUACCACCGAAUCUUGUGACGCCUCAUCGCAGUCGCCUCGGAAGAUCAACUCUCCGACCGGCUCUUGCAACCCGCAGCGUCUACGAAUUGCUCAAGGUUCGCCUGCUUCAAAGCUUGCUCACCGACGCCAGCAAUGUCUGGAAACGACGUUCCGGCAGCCCAAACGGGCGGCAGCAAUGCCAGCGAAUUCGUGCGCAAACUCUACCGUAUGCUCGAAGACCCGUCGCAUCAAGAUGUUGCGCGCUGGGGAAAGGAUGGAGACACAUUUGUUGUCGUAGAGGGCGAGAAAUUCACUCGAUCCAUCCUGCCGAAGCACUUCAAGCACAGCAACAUGUCCAGCUUCAUCCGGCAACUCAACAAGUACGAUUUUCACAAGGUCAAGCCGUCCAGCGACAACGAGAACUCAGGGCUGGGCAAUGUCCUUGAGUUCAAGCACCCAUUUUUCAAGAUCGACAGUAAGGAUGAUCUCGACAACAUCCGACGGAAGGCGCCUGCCGCACGGAAACCCCAGGUCGCCGACGACUUCACCACAAACCACCACAUCAGCGUCAUGUCGGAGCAACUAGCCGCUACGCAGCAGCAGGUUCAGCAAUUGCAAGAGCUCUACGCUGAGGUUGCGCAGACCAACAAGGUCCUGGUCAAUGAGGUUGUGAUUCUGCAGAAGAUUCUCAAUGCCCAGAAGCAGGCCUCGCACGAGAUUGUCAAUUACUUGGCUCCCUACGAUGGACAAGGCAACAGCACAAACGGCGCCACUGCCACUGCGAGCAACAGUAACAAUACCGCCAUGAUGAGCCAGCCGUUGACUACAAACGGACAAACCCAGGCGAGUGAUGAGCCCGCAGUCCCCGAGCUGCGCAGGGCGCGAGAGCUCCUUUCGAGCAUGAACACCAAUGCGAUUGCUGACCGCGAACUCGAGCGUCUCCAAAACGUGUAUGGCUCACCCUCGGAUUCUGGCGCCAUGGUCACGCCUACCUCAAUGCCCAUGAUGAGCGAUCCGAUGCACGACAUCAACAGGUAUCCCGUGUACCCUGUGGGCCAGACGGUCGGCAUAGAUCCGUUCCAUUCGGACCACAUCCACAAGAUCCCGUAUGCGGUUCCAAAUGACCUGGCCGCGGGCGCGCUCGCCGAGGCCCCCAAGAUCCAGGUCCCCGCGCCUACCUCGACAGGCGAUAAGGGACCAGGUGCGACUGAGUGGGGGCCCAAGAAGCCCGUCGUCUUGCUCGUAGAGGAUGAUCCAACUUGCACCAAGAUUGGUGUCAAAUUCCUCAAGACAAUGGGCUGCGAGGUGGAGCAUUCGCCGAACGGCGCCGACGCCUACAACCGUGUGCAAACGCACCCCGACAGGGACCGCUUCGACAUGAUCUUUAUGGACAUUAUCAUGCCCCAUCUAGAUGGCGUGUCAGCAACCAUGUACAUCCGCCAAACUCACCCUGCGAUCCCUGUCAUUGCCAUGACAUCCAACAUUCGUCCCGAGGAGGUCAACGGUUACUUUGAACAUGGCAUGAAUGGCGUGCUGGCCAAGCCAUUCACGCGAGACGGCAUGUGGAAAUGCGUCCGCAGCAACCUUGGCCAUCUUAUGAAGAACCCUCCACUGGAUGCCGACAUUGGUUCCGGCGGCGGUUAUUACAUGGGAACACCAUUCCUGAACACGCCAACCGCCAUCAAGUAUGAGGCCCAGACGCCGCCAGCACACAGUGGCCCGGGCUGGUCCCCCGGCCACAUGGGCCAACCCUCGAUUGGUUCUAGCCUCGAUGUCGGCUAUGGAUUUGUGAACGGGGGAGCCCCGUAUACCAUGGCCACUGGUCAACGUGGGCCAUUCCAGCAGCAACUGCAUUCGGCCGAGUCGAGCACCGGCCGCUUGUCUGAUGUCGAGAGUCCACCCGAAAAGCGCCAGCGGCUCAACCACGCGGGCAACUUCUAGUGGUUGGCUGAGCCAUUGCAUUCGGACGGCGAGGCGUUUGGAGUUUUCUCGGUUUCGGUGAUCGAAGUCGGCAGUGUCAAUGAGUGAAUGAUGGGGGUUUCGAUGUGUCGUCGAGAAGCCCGAGGCGUUUGUUCAUUAUCUAUCGUGUAUUUUGCCGCAUUUUGAACAGCUGCUGGAGCACGGUCUGGGUUGAUGGAAUCUGACGGAUGGAAAUUUGACGACUGCAUAUAUGUCUGAUGUAUACCUAUUUUGCAGUAAGGAUGAAUCCACAAUAUGGCCUGUAGUCAUCGCCGCAGGACUGUUUCCUCUAGAGGCGGUCUCUGGUGAUGGUGAAGCUCGAGGCUAUCGACCCCUUGGAGGCGUCUUGCAGAGAU